AUGUGCAAUCAGGCAUUUGUGGAUAUUAAAACUGGACCUCUUGGGAAACAAAUUUCUUUCAAGAUAGACACUGGCGCACAGUGUACCCAUGAACCUUCUGCACAGACCAAGUAUGUAGAAUUUCAUGUAGUAGACACCCAGUCACCACCCUUGUUUGGUUUUCAGACUUCCAUAGAUUUUGGCCUAGUUAAACUCGCACAUGCUGUCACUUCCAAUUAUGUAUCCUCCCCGCUUAACAAAACAGCAGUGCUGAAUGAAUAUUCUCAGGUUUUUAAGGGCAUUGGCUCUAUUCCAGGGCAAUGUUCUAUUUAUCUGAAACAUGAUGCUAAACCUGUGGUUCAUCCUCCACGUAGGAUUCCUGUUGCAUUACGAGAUAAAUGCAAGAAGGAGCUUGAUAAGAUGGAGAAAUUGGGGGUCAUUACAAAAGUAAGUGAGCCUACUGAGUGGGUCAAUUCAAUGGUGACAGUACAGAAAAAAUCAGGUGACUUGCGAAUAGUACUUGAUCCGGGUGACUUGAACAGAAACAUUCAACGUCCUUAUCAUCCGACAAAAACACUGGAUGACAUACUUCCCCAGCUAAACGGUGCUACAUUUUUUACAAAAUUAGACGCUAGGUCAGGUUACUGGGCCAUGCAUUUGACAGAGAAGUCUUCCAUGUUGACUACAUUCAAUACCAUAUUUGGGAGGUACAGGUAUCUGAGGCUUCCAAUGGGUAUUUCGUCUGCGAUGGAUCUGUUCCAAAAGAAAAUAGACGAAAUAUUUGAGGGUCUCCCAGGGGUAGCUGCCAUAGUAGACGAUAUUUAG